AUGAAGCGCAGUGUCUCAUGUGUGUCCGUUUUUUUUCUUUACACCUUGGUUUCUGAGUUUUUCUUCAACUGGAGAUCAUGGAAUCCAAGAAUGCAAUUCAAGAAAAGAUUGAUCCAGAUCGCUGGAUUAUUCAAUAAUCUGCGGAUAGAGGAGGAAGAACAAGAAGAGUUAUGUGUCUCUGUGUUUAGUGUGCCCAAGGACCUAUUGGCAGCUAAGCCGGAAGCAUACACUCCACAGUGUGUUUCCAUUGGGCCAUAUCACCACUGGAGAUCCGAGCUGAAUGAAAUGGAAAGAUACAAGCUCGCUGCUGCCCGGGCAUUCCAAAAACUAAUUGAAGGUCACAGCUUCGAGUCCGUAGUCAAAGAGGUACGCAACUACGAGCGCCGAAUUCGGAGCUGCUAUCACAAAUACCUCGACUAUAACGGCGAAGCCCUGGCAUGGCUCAUGGCUUUGGACGCCUGCUUUGUGUUGGAAUGCUUACACUUCUUGGCCAAGCCAGCUUACCAAGAUUCUUCAGAGGGAAUUCAGGUGGCAAAAUGUUUAGACCCAUUCGGCAGAAGCGGUACCCACAACGCCAUAUUGAGAGACGUGACGAUGCUGGAAAAUCAGUUGCCGCUGUUCCUCUUGCAGAAGCUGUUGGAGAUCCAGCUGGGUUCAAAAGACAUGGCAGAAGAAAGGCUCUCCAGUCUGGACGAGAAGCCGCCCUCGCCCGACCAAACAGGCGUGGCACAAGAAUACAGCUGUUUAUGGAAGGCUCUUACUUCGUUGGACAUUGGCCCCAUUCGAGAAUUCAGGAAGCGUGUGCUGAAACAUAGGGUCGUCCAGUUUCUAAUGAAGUUGCCCCUACACCUCCUGUCUGUUUUGGGUAACCUGCCAGUGUUGCGCCUGUUUAAGGGUCCCUUAACUUUUCUGUUUGGAUCCAACGAAAUAGAGAAGGAAGAGGAAGAAAGCUCCUCUGUGGAGACUCCGCCUACACGGUACGAGCUGGACGUUCCGUCUGUUGCCGAUUUGUAUUCUGCGGGAGUGAAGUUCGUUCCCACUGAUGGUGACCUCACAACAAUUCGCUUCGAUCAGGCGACUGCUACUCUUUAUCUGCCCAAAGUAAGGUUGGACUCAAACACAGAAGUAAUUAUCAGAAAUCUGGCAGCGUUCGAAGCUUCAGCGGUUCCGGGUACUUUGUUUUUUAUUCGCUAUACGGAUUUCACGAACGGCAUCAUCGACACAGACGAAGAUGUCCGACUACUGAGAGAGAGUGGAAUCAUUUACAAUCAUCUGGAGAGCGACAGGAAAGUGGCAAGUCUGUGGAACGGCAUGGGGAAAUGUGUGAAAUUGUCAAAAGUAAAGUAUUUAGACAAAGCCAUUGCAGACCUGAAUAGGUAUUAUAAGCGGACAUGGAGCGUGGCGGUGGUGGAAUACGUGAGGAAAUACAUAUUUGGUUCAUGGCCGUAUCUGUCUUUACUGGCUGCGCUAGUUCUGUUGCUUCUCACAUGUUUCCAGGUAUUCUGCUCUAUAUAUAACUGUAAACGUUGGAUGAAGGACACCAAUUUAUUUCAGGAGUAA